AUGAAUAUUUGUUCUAUUUAUCGGGAGCAGAAGCGAGCGGAGGUAUGGUUAGCACCGACGAGAGAAGGUGCAGUUCUGAGGGAAGGUAUUGAGAAGAAGAGAGGGGCAAAACGGGAAUUCAUGGCUUCAAUGGUAAGAGGCACGAGGAGUGGAGGUGGUGACCGGAAUAGCCGGUUGAUUCUACGCGGAAGGAACUGCGUUGAGGAAGGAAGAAGGAAUGAUGCCGUUGGGUCCAGAAACCCUCAAUUGUCGGUCUCUUGUGGAAUGGCAUGGCAAGUUGUUACUUGGUCACUAUAG